CUUGUCAUUCUUUUCCGAAUCAGACGUCCCAACAACUAACUUAUUUAAUUUUUUGAGAAAUCUACUGAAGAAAGAUGACCAAGGGAACUACGAGCUUUGGCAAGCGCCACAACAAGACGCACACCAUCUGUCGGCGGUGCGGGACUUCUUCGUAUCAUCUCCAGAAGUCGAGGUGCUCCCAGUGCGGCUAUCCCUCGGCCAAAUCGCGGUCCUUCCACUGGUCACGAAAGGCCAAGGGUCGCAAGGCCCAGGGAACUGGAAGGAUGCGGUACCUGAAGAAGUUGCGGCGUCGUUUCCGCAACGGUUUACGUGAGGGAGGCUCCUCGAUGAAGAAAACCAACUAAGUCCAGAAAGGGUCCCGAAUAAGUCUAAUA